GGCAGCGAGACGCCGACGACGCCUGAACCUCGCCUUCCGGCUCCAAUCCUCAUCCCUCCCGGAGAGACACCGACACAGAGUGGAUUCAGGCAUCCUCAACUGCUCACACAAGGGCAACAGGCAUGGGGUGGCGGACAGAGCUGGUCAGACGCACCACAGUCUGCGACUACCUCCUACUUCCCACCCUACUCGCCCAGGCACUCGCAUCCAGCGCGCCCGUCGUCUCCUUCUAGGCCGACUGGACGAAGUGCAAGUGGCGCGGGUCGUGGGGCCCGCAGCUUGUCCUCUUCGGCCCCUAAUCCGAGGCACCGUAGAAUGAACAGGAGUGCAAGCGUCGCUACGACUGGAUCGAGGAUUAGCAGAGACGAAAGGGAUAUUAUUGAUGAGGAUGACCUGGACGAAGACGGUGAAAACGACCGAGAUCUGGAGGCAGGCAAUGGCGCAGGUGAAGACAAUUCCCCUGACGAAGCAGAGCAGUUGGAAGAACACCUUGCGAGUCAUGCGGAAGACGAACCUAUCACGGUGAAGGAACGACAAAGCCUCAUGAAUGUUGAGCAUCCCUUUGGUUUGCCGAUCUGGAAGCCCGCCCUGUACAAGAAAAGCCGUACGGUCACGCGCAAUGCAGAGACUGCGAUUCACAACGUUCCGAGUCAUGAACGGCACAUCACUCCGGGGAACAUUUUCUGGGCUGUUGUCUUUGGUUGGUGGCUUGCGCUUGUAUGUGCAGGUGUUGCGGCUGUGAUAGCAAUCGUGCCCUUUGGUGGUCGACGAUAUGCGUGGAUCGUUUGGGGGUUGGGGUGGUACAUUUUCUGGCCAUUCGGAAAAUAUGUUGAAGGAGAUCUCCCAGAGGACGUCGAGACGGAACGUGAAUGGAGUCGAGUUAGGGACGAAGAGGCCGCUAUACAGGAGGCGAGGCAAAGGAGUGGGUCAGAGUCGGCUGGGACGAUCAGACCGUCGGCGCAGACUCCUGUAUUGGACGAAAGCGAAGAAGACGCUGCCGAGAGCGAGUCCACACCUGAGCCUGAGCCGUCCCCUGAUGCUCAGCAAGAUCCUUUUAUUGAUUCCAACCACCCAAUGGUGCCCUCUGCUUCCACUUCCAGUUGGAUCCCACCACCGACCGAACGCUCCCCACUCUUGGCCAUCCCACAUACGGAAACGCAAGAUUCCGAAGCAACUGUCAUGCUGAGUUCCAGUAGGCCAGGAGGACAGAAAGCCUACGACACCAUCCCCGAGCGUGCGCCGCCCGCCGAAUAUCUCCCAGCUGCUCAAAAGGGCGAUUUCCUUGGCCGACUCGUGUACUGGAUUCUUUAUCCCGUCCUCAUCGCCCCUAUCCAACUCUUCAUCUGCCUUCUUUGUUUCGGAAUGGUUCUCCCAAUUCCAAUGGCCAAGCUGAACUGGGCGCUUGUCAAGUUGCUCAUGACACGGCCCCUCUCGAUUCGCUUCUGCUCCCCCCCCGCGGUGAUUGUCACUACGGAGAAUGGUGAAAACGACAUUCAUACGGCCGUCAAGCGUACGAGGCUGCGUGCCGGUCAAGCCGCACCUUCUGGGGCGCCGCGUUCGACUGUCCUGCUCUGCACAUACCGUGCAGCUGGCUUCCAAUACUACAAGUACACCAUCGGUGGAGUCAACAUCAUUUUCGUCAAUUUGCUUCCCCUUGUCUUCUUUGUGCUUUUCGAUGCAUUCGUACUUCUGCCCAUGAAAGAACAUCAACCUACGCGUUUCCUCAACAUCAUUGCCUCUCGCCCCUUGAUCUUCAUUCUCUCUCUGCUCAGCGUCAUUCCUUUGUCGUACUUCAUCGGUAUGGCAGUGGCUAGUAUCUCGGCUCAGUCAAGUAUUGGUAUGGGUGCCGUCAUCAACGCGACGUUCGGUUCCAUCAUCGAGAUCAUCCUGUACGGCAUGGCGCUGAACCAGGGCAAGGGUCUGCUGGUUGAAGGCUCCAUCGUCGGCAGCUUGCUCGCUGGUGUUCUUCUCAUGCCUGGCGUCAGUAUGUGCUCUGGUGCAUUCAGACGGAAAGAACAGAAGUUCAAUGCCAAGAGCGCAGGGGUGACGAGUACAAUGUUGAUCAUGGCUAUCAUUGGCACCCUCACUCCCACCAUGUUCUACCAAACGUAUGGAAAUUUCCGCCUCUCUUGUGUUGGCUGCCCUGCUGAACUGCCCGGCAAAGACCCUGAUCAGCCAUGGAUGUGCAAGCAAUGUUUCUACGAACACCCAGACCCGACAACAGAUCCCUUCUACCAAGAGACUGUCAAGAACCUCAUGUAUUUCUGCGCAACGGUUCUCCUAUUAUCAUACCUCAUUGGCCUUUGGUUCUCACUUCGAACGCACGCCACGCAGAUCUGGCAGAAUCCGCAGCAGCUCAUGCAUCCUCUCGAGGUCGGGGGGCAGCCCGGGCAGCCCAACACAGGUCGUGUGCUUGCGAUGUACAACAAGCUAGUCAAUCAACAGCUCGCAAAGUCCCCUCUUCCAACGCAUAGACCGGUCUCUCGCAGAGCGAGCGUCGCUACCACCAUUGAUAGUACCUACGGUGGACAGCAGGAGAGGCCAACUACGCAACAACCUCCGAGUCUCGUGAGUACGCCUCGAGCUGGACCGGUCAACAUCUCACCAGUCGCGACGCGACGCGUGUUCUCGACUUACAACGGUAUACCUGGCGCGGGAUAUGGUCCACUCAUCGAAACCGUCAACCAAGCUGUCAAGUCGACCACGAAUUAUCAAAACCAUCAGCCGCUCCCGCUCCCGCCAAACCUUACCACCGACGAUUUCACUCGUGCCGUAGCAGUUGCGACUGUGUCGGCCUUGCGCCACCAACAAGCUUCUCCCGCACAUCCGAGAACUGCCAUGGGCCAUCAUGACGCGGUUGAAGGCGGGCACGAUGCCCCAUCAUGGAGUCGCACUGUUAGCGCAGCCGUUCUUCUUGCUUGCACUGCUCUCUAUGCAGCCAUUGCGGAAGUACUAGUGGAUGUCGUGGACGUUAUUUUGGAAGGAUCUGGCGUAGAUGAAAAAUUCUUGGGCCUCACUUUGUUUGCGUUGGUACCCAACACGACCGAGUUCAUGAACGCAAUGUCGUUCGCAAUGAACGGAAACAUUGCGCUCAGCAUGGAAAUCGGUUCAGCGUAUGCUUUGCAGGUCUGUCUUCUGCAGAUUCCUGCCAUGGUUGCAUUUUCAGCAUGGUACAACCCCCGCAAGAUUGGUGAUAUUGCCGAUACUUUCACCCUGAUCUUCCCACGCUGGGAUGUCAUUGCGAUUAUCCUGUCUAUUUUCUUACUCACCUACGUGUACAUCGAGGCCAAGAGCAACUACCACCGUGGCAGCACCUUGAUAUUGAGUUACCUUGUCCUCAUGGCUGGUUUCUACUUUGCACCGUCUCGCCCCGUAGGUAUAGAGACGGGGCAUACGAUCAAGUUUCCGCUCAUAAGGAUGGAUGGCGCUCUGUCAUCAACGUCAAUUCAGCCAUCGUGGUUGCAACAGGGUUGGGCAAUCUUCCUGGCCCUCUGGAGCAGGUGAACACGACUUGUCUAUUGUUUUCCAUUGUUCCAGCAACGUUCGUCUCUUACCAGGCUUCGUAUAUAUCAGCAUCCCGUUGCCGUACCCUCUGGCAGCAAGUAGGCUCAAAAAUCCUCUUAUGAUCAAUGCAAGGUUACGGACUAUGGCCAAGCAUUCUUUUUCUUUUUCACUUCAAAGCACUCCUGUAUCGGUUAGCACCAAUGAAACCGGAUUCUGUGUACAAUUA